AACUUUGGUUGUUAUCAAACGUUAUCGCUCUACGAACUAUUGCAAUUGCUAAUAAAUGCAUCUAAAUAUUAUGUUGUGACCGGUAUCCAGAUAAGCCAAGCUCAAGAUGGGUGCGUCGAUGGAAGUGGAGCCGUGCGCCAAAGGCUCCGUCGCGGGACAUGUCUUAAUGGACGCCUUCGGUAUGGUCCAGGGCUUGUCCCAACUGGCCAACUUACCUGACCCCCCCACAGACGCCAUUCAGAUGCUCCUCUCCAGCGUCCAAUUCGAGCAUACCGACCAACCAGGGACAUCCAGCAAUCAUGCCUCAGAAAAACUAAAUGGGAAACACAAAACUCAGGAAAAAGGAGAGAAUACAUAUCGAUGUGAACUUUGUCCUCUAACUUACGUCAGCAAAGGAAAUUUGAAAAGACACGUUGAAAAACACCACCCGGUUAAACGUAGAAGGCUCGUGGAGACUGAAGUCUUUGAAUGCGAAGAGUGUGAUUACAUGGGCGCUUCUCAAGCGGCACUUGAAACACAUUUGAAAAAGCAUAAUAACUCUGCAGAAAAAACAAAGUCUCCGAGAUCUAAGUGCGAUUUUUGCGACAAAGAAUGCGUCAGAAUUUAUGAGCAUUAUAUCUCGACACAUCGUAUAGAAUAUCCCGAACAAAUUAUGUUUGAGAACGGGAACGUGCUGGUCCAUUCUUCAAUAAACCCAGACAAAGGGAAGGCUCCAUGGUUUUUAAAAGAAAAAGAAAACAAAAUGAGUCGAUACACUGACGUCACCUGCCGCUUGUGCGAAGCGGAAACUGUGUUUAAUAAUCGAGAGUUUUUGGAAACCCAUUAUGAGAUGACUCAUAUGGUUGACCCGAAUAUGUUAGAGAACCUUAAACACGUAUUCAGGGCAGAGAAGGGGGCUCAUUUGAUCGAUUUGCCUGCAUCGCAGCCCCCAAAACGCAGGCAGUCUGAUAUAAGAACUCCAAUUAAAAAGAAAGUGUCCAUUGCAGGGAAUGAAGAUGAGCGUGGCAGCAAAGUUAACUCUAAAAGAAAUGACGGAGCGAGCGAACUCGAACUGAGAUUUCCUUGUCAAGAAUGCGAUCAAGUGUAUGCCACGGAAGCGCUUUUAAAUAAACAUAAAAGCGAAAUUCAUGCUCCUAAAACAGGAAACAAGACAAAACAUGAGAAGUAUCCAUGCUGUUUGUGCAGCAAAAACAUUGUAGGCAUUUAUAAACACUACGGGAAUGUACACAUCAUUGAUAAUCCUGAGCAAAUUCUUUUUAACAACGGAAACGUGCUAGUGCGUACUGAUAUUGACACCAAAUGUGGUCAGGCCCCGUGGUUUAUAAGUCAAAAAGAAAAGGCGGAGAAUAAAUAUACGCUGAACACUUGUAGAUUGUGUGAGGCUGAUUUUUCGGGCGCCGGCGUAAGCCUGGAUAGACAUUACUUGAAAGGACAUAAAGUUGAUCAGGAUGCGUUGAAAAGGCUUGACAAUCUUCGGUGCAUGUUUAGAGCUGACAAUGGGGCGCAUUUGGCUGAUUUGCCCACGAGCACUACGAAGGCCAAGCCCCAGCGGAGAGCUUCAUCGUUCCAAAGCACAUCUCGCCCAGGAAACUCUGAAAGCAAACGCAAAUCUGGACCUAAAGCUGAACUUGAUUCGAAAGCAGGGGAGAGAGAGCAAAAUGUGUCUGGACUGAUCAUAUAUCAAUGCGCGGAAUGCGGAGUAGCCGCGACCACGUGCGAUGCUUCCAUCGAGCACGCUCAGCUCCACCACUUUCCUGGCUACAGGCCCAUACCACGGACCUGUUCCGUCUGCCAAUUCUCCUUCGAAGCCCAGUGCUUCGCUGACCACUCGUCGAACCAUCUUAACAAUAAUGAGUACAAAAUAGUAAAGUUCCAUCCUUCUAAAUUGCUGGACAAUUGGUCUGACAUGUUUGAAGGUUUGUCCGAAACUCACGCGGACAGAAUUAAGUCUUCCAGUACUUAUCAGCACACGAGACGGGUUAAAAUGAACUCGGAAAUGGCUUCAGGAAUACCUCUGUAUAAAUGCGGCAAAUGUGAGCUGUACAUUCGUCCGAAAGAAGUUGAAGGGCACUGUCAUAAUAAUAUUUGUAUGGACAAUCAGACUCCAGGCCACUUUUGCUCGGAUUGCGAUAUAUACUUCUUCACUUCCGUAGCUCUGACGGAACAUGAGAAAGACCAUAAAGAUUAUGGACCCGAUUUUUUUAGAACAGUUACUUUCAACUCUAUGGAGGAUGAAGUUAUAAACAGAGCUUUGCAAAACAUCCAAAAGACCUCAAUUUCUAAGGAAACUUCCCGAGAUAACAUAGAAUCACAGCAGAGGAAUAGUGGGAAAGAGAUAACAAUUAUUGGAAAUACUGUGGUCAGUGCCUUUUGUGAUUAUUGUAGAAAAUCGAUCAUAUAUUCAGAGUUUGAGGCUCAUGCAGCCACUCACAAUCAGAGCGCAGAUGGUUCGCAAUGUGAAGAGAAUCAGAGAGCCGAAGAACCAAGUAGUGUAGAAUCUAACGUUACAGGUCAUUCAGGAGAAGUUGUCCCUCAAACUGACGUAAACGAUGAAGAGAAUCAGAUGACUGAAGAAGUGUCACAAGAGCGAAAUAAUGUAGAGUCUAAUGUUGAAGGUUAUAACUCUGAUAUUACCCCUCAAGGUGACGUAAAUGAUAGAGUAACCAACGGAGGAGGUACAGUGGAGCCGUGGAAUAGCGACACUGACUCCUGCCACAGCCGCUUAGCCCCUGUAUCUUCCUUUGAUGUUCGUGUAGAAGUUCAUGUACAGAAACAAGAAGAUGAAUAUACCAAUAAUUUUGAACUUCAAGAUAUUUUGGACGAGUUUAGUGAAGGAAUGGGAAGUAAUUUAAAACACGAUAUACAACUUCUGAGACUUGAGGUAUGCGGCAACAGCAUGACUUAUAUACCUGAUGAAAACAUGAAUAAUGAAGAUUUGCUAGACGCAAAGAGUGAAUCAACGGAACAUGGAGAAACAAGUGACGAUAAUCAAGGUCAGGAUAUUAAUGAUAAAGAUAAAUUGAUUGAAACAAAUGAAAAUCAAAUUGAAAAUGAAAUAAAUUCUAAUACAACUAAUGAUGCAAAUGAAAAUGCAAACGAGUCGAAUGAUAAUGAUGAUAUUGUCAUUGAAAUAAUUGAUGAUAGUGAUAGUGAUGAUGAAGUAGAAUUUGAAGCUAAUCAUCGAGAAUCAGGUGCUAAACCAUCGUCAAGGGCCAUUUUAUCUAGAAUGUUGGCCAGUCCAAAGAAGAAUAAGAUUUAAGAGCAAUUAAUAAUAAAAUAAAAUAUAGUUCGUUUUUUUAGCAUUAGAAAAAGAAUACGCGAUCUUGACGUGUCUUAUUAA